UUUUAUAUAAACAAGAUACAUUCACCUGUCACAUAUGCACAUAGCUAAUGUUCAUAUACCACAGAUUCAAAACCAAUUAGAAAAACAGUGCUAUAUCUUUUCCAAAGUAUGAAUUUAAUUCAAAUCUUCUGUACAAACAGUUUGAUUCACUUGAAACAAUGGCAAAAAAAUAUGAGGGAGCUGCUAUCGGAAUUGACCUUGGCACGACCUACUCAUGUGUUGGAGUGUGGCAGGAGCAAAACGAUCGUGUGGAGAUCAUACACAACGAUCAAGGAAACAAAACCACACCUUCUUGUGUUGGUUUUAGUAAUUCUCAACGAUUGAUUGGUGAUGCUGCCAAAAAUCAAGCUUCCUCUAACCCAACAAACACUGUCUUUGAUGCUAAGAGGUUGGUUGGAAGAAAAUAUAGUGAUUCUGUUAUUCAGAAUGAUUUACUGUUGUGGCCCUUCAAGGUAAAUGCUGAUGCUAAUGAUAAACCCAUGAUUGUCGUGACGUGUAAGGGGGAAGAGAAACACUUUUUUGCUGAAGAAAUAUCAGCUAUGGUCCUCACAAAGAUGCGGGAGUUCGCUGAAGUAUUUUUGGAGUCACCUGUCAAAAAUGCAGUGAUUACAGUACCUGCUUAUUUCAAUGAUUCACAGCGAAGAGCCACCAAAGAUGCUGGUGUCAUUGCUGGCCUCAAUGUAAUGCGGAUAAUCAAUGAACCUACAGCUGCUGCUCUUGCAUACGGCCUUCAAAAGAGAGCUAAUUGUGUUGAAGAGAGAAAAGUUUUCAUCUUUGAUCUUGGUGGUGGAACUUUUGAUGUAUCUCUCCUUACAUUGAAGAAUAAUGCCUUUACAGUCAAGGCCACUGCCGGAGAUACUCACCUUGGAGGAGAGGACUUUGAUAAUCGGUUGGUGAAUCAUUUUGUGAAUGAAUUGAAGAGGAAAAACAAAGUUGACAUUAGUGGAAAUUCAAAAGCUCUGAGGAAGUUGAGAACUGCAUGCGAGAGGGCAAAAAGGUCGCUUUCUUACGACACUGAAGCCACAAUUGAUAUAGAUGCUAUAUGUCAGGGUGUUGAUUUCUGUUCAUCAAUCACUCGGGCCAAGUUUGAGCAACUCAACAUGGACCUCUUUGAAAAGUGUAUGAAAACUGUUAAGAGUUGUUUUAAUGAUGCUAAGAUGGACAGUAGUAGUAUGGAUGAUGUUGUACUAGUUGGUGGCUCUUCUAGGAUUCCCAAAGUGCAGAGUCUGCUGCAAAACUUUUUCAGGGGGAAGGAUAUUUUUAAAAGCAUCAACCCUGAUGAAGCUGUUGCUUAUGGUGCUGCUGUCCAGGCUGCUUUGUUGAGCGGAGGCAUUAAGACUGUUCCGAACUUGGUGCUGCGAGAUGUUAUACCUCUGUCUCUUGGUACCUCAGUUAGUGGAGAUAUCAUGGAUAUACUGAUUCCAAGGAACACUUCCAUUCCUGUCAAAAGGACUCAAACAUAUGUAACUUGUGAUGAUUACCAAAGCUAUGUCUUGAAUGAGGUUUAUGAGGGUGAGAGAAUGAAAGCCAGUGAGAACAACUUGUUGGGUUUUUUUAAUCUCUCAGUUCCUCGUGCACCUCGAGGCCUUCCUCACAAAGUAUGCUUUACAAUAGAUGCUGAUGGAAUUUUGAACGUCUCUUGUGAGGAUGAAACCUCUGGGAAUAAGAAAGAUAUUACCAUAACUAAUGAAAUUGGAAGAUUAUCAACUGAUGAAAUUAAGAGAAUAAUUCAAGAAGCUGAGAAUUUCAAAGCAGAAGACAUAAAGUUCAAGAAGAAAUCUGAGGCAAUAAAUGCUUUGGAUGACUAUCUCUACAAUGUGAAGAAAGUUAUGAAGGAUACGAAUGUUAGUUCUUUGCUUCCCACGCAAAGCAAAAAUAAGAUCACUUCCCUAAUUACAAAAUGUGAAUAUUUGCUUGAUGGUGACAAGAAUGAAGAAACAUAUGUGUUUGUGAACAUGUUGAAGAAGCUUGAGAGCAUCACUGAAUCUACUUUGGGCAUGAAAAAAAAUGGUUAGGUUGAUUAAGAUACUGUUUUAGUUAUAGUUAGUAGUUUUUUACCAAUUUUCUUUGCAUCCGUUUCUAUAACUGUGGACCUACUUAUUUUGUUUCUUUGAUUACAUAUUUUAUCAUUUUGGUAAAAUAUGCUAUAGUGGGCUAGUUUAUCUUUUGUUAUUUUGAGUAUCAUUAAACUUGAGAUUGAUCUUCAAACUAACCGAAUUCUAUUUGAUGUUA